AUGUCUGCGGUCUGGGAGUGCUCAGCUUGUAAGACCAGCUUUCGUCGCGAAGGUUACUAUAUCCAACAUCUACAGAGGACUACAGACGCUGCCUGUCUUCGUGCGGGCGAAUCCGUUCUGAACAGGAUCCGUGAACCCUACCGACACGAUCCUCCUCAUCGCUGGGGCUCUGGUACUCGCUCCCCGGGUGCCGUCCCUGACUUUGAGUCGAUAUCCUCUUCAUCUCCAAGCCUCUCUUCUUCUGCUUCUCCAACCCAUGCCGAUGUCAAUGAGGAGCGGGCUUCUGAAAAUUUGGAGCCACCUCCUGUUCGCUUCGAAGGCGACUUCUUUGGCACUGAAGCUGACUACACGGCGGUCGACUUUCCAGGCUUCGCUCAAGACGAUUCUAUUGAUGCACCACUCGACGCAGGGCCAGUUCCUGAGGUAGCGGAGGUCAGUGACAACGAAGAAGAUGGUGACGAAGAAGUGGUCGGUUUGGAUACCCUAGCCCCUGCCGCCGCUCGAUCCGAGUCCUCUCCACUCGACCGUCCUCCUGAGCCGAUGCGUAUUGAUUCCUCCCCUCCUCAUCCCCAAAUCCAUAUCCGUUCAAAACCUCCGACUCCUACCGUUGAGGAUUCGCUGGACGACGAGGAAGACGCUCAGACGCAGCCUGGUCCAGGAGGUGUCGAUCCCCACUCUCAUGAACGGCUUCGUGAGGCUCCUGCAAAUAUCCGCCAUUUCGGAGGCAAGGCUGGCACACCUGUGUCUGAGCCUCGUAUUCGCACGUCCGCAUAUCGGAGGUAUGGCGAGCGCGUUCAUGGAUCCCACGAGAAUAUGUUUGCGCCGUUUGUAUCAGAGGUGGAUUGGGGUGUUGGGCGGUGGGCGAAUAUUCACGACAUCAGCUCUACAGCUCUCACUGAACUCCUCAAUAUUAAGGGUCUUGUCGACAAGCUAGGCCUAUCGUUCAGAAAUGCGAAGCAACUGCACAGUAUCUUCGAUGACAACCUCCCAUCACGCCGCCCAACCUUCAAGUACCACGAAGCUCAUGUCAUGGGCGAAACCUUUGAUAUGUAUGCGCGCGAUAUUAUGGAGUGCAUUGAAGCACUCUAUGGCGAUCCGGAACACGUCCGCUACCUCUGUUUUGCGCCCGAACUGUCACAGUUUUCUCGUGCCACGUGA